AGUAAGGGGAGGACAAAGAAGAGAGGACGGCUUGCUGUCCGUUACGCCCCGAAGCUUGGCAGAAGCCAUGCUGCGUACUCAGACCCAGAGGGAGACAGAACACCUUCAGGCCCCUGACAGCCCUGCUGUUAUCACCCCACGCGGCAGUGUAUUGUAGGCCCACUGUUGGGUGCUGAUGGGACGUCGGUGAGUCGUGCGUCACAGCUCUGGUUCAGAGUGUUUUCUACUCUGGUGGUUCGGUUUCGCACGCAGUUAAUCAACAUCGUUGGAUAUGUCUGGACCCCCGGGUCAGAAACCAGCUCUGCGGGCCAGCGGCUCCCCAAAGAGCCGCUUCCAGGUGGACGUUGUCAUGGAGGCAGAGAGAGCCGAGGCCUCCACAGGGGGUCGGUCACCAGCUCCCGGGACGGAUGACCUCAAGGGCCGGUCCAGAGUGGUGGUGGGCUUCCUGGACCCAGAGGGCCUUGGGAGCGCUAUGGACAUCGGACUCCCACCCGACGUCUCCCAUAACGGGGACACGGUGAAGAGCGACUCGGUCAGCCUCCACUCCACAGGCACGGGACACACGCACGUUUCGGACUCGCAGUCCAACACCUACUACAUGCGGACGUUUGGACACAACACCAUCGACGCCGUACCCAACAUCGACUUCUACCGAAAUACCGCUGCGGCGUUGGGAGAGAAGCUGAUCCGACCAUCGCUGUCAGAACUCCAUGAUGAGCUGGACAAGGAGCCCUUUGAGGACGGUCUGGCCAAUGGGGAGGAGCCCUCCGCAGCAGAGGCAGCAGCCUUGGCAGCCAAGCAGGCCAAAGGAGGAACUAUCAAGUUUGGUUGGGUGAAAGGUGUCCUGGUAACUGAGGCCUCUUGUUUCAAUAGUUUGACUGACUGA